AUGGAGCAACUGACACCCCUCCCACGGCUGGGGGACCCCAGAGCCAUGGAGCCAUGGGCCCUGCCUGCCUGGCAGAGCUGGACUCCAGGCCAGGGGAGGGGACCUGGAGGCGCGACCCCAAGCGUUGCUGAUACUCAGGCAGCUCUGCAGGUUGGAGAGCCGAGGCCCGAAGAGAGCUCCGAGCCAGAGGGAGCCCAGAGUCUCGCGACUAUGGGGGGUGUUGAACCCGAAGGAAUCAAAACUGGGCUGCCCAACCUGAGGCAUCAAGCAGCGAGCUCCAGACCCAGCUGCCCGAGGCUGGAGGAUGAGGAGGUGGAGACUCUCCCUAAGGGCCAGCUGAACAUGGGCUUUGGGGACAGGCCCAAUCUGGAGCUGCUGAGGGCCCUGGGGGAGCUGCAGCAGCGCUGUGACAUCCUUAAGGAGGAAAAUCAGAUGCUGAGGAAGAGCAGCUUCCCUGAGACAGAGGAGAAGGUGCGGAGGCUGAAGCGGAAGAAUGCCGAGUUGGCGGUCAUUGCCAAACGCCUGGAGGAGAGGGCCCGCAAGCUGCAGGAGACUAACCUGAAGGUGAGUGCCCCUGUGCCCCGUCCUGGGGCCAGCCUGGAGUUGUGCCGGAAGGCCCUGGCCCAUCAGCGAGCCCGGGACCUCAGUGAGACAGCCAGCGCCCUGCUGGCUAAGGACAAGGAGAUCGCUGCCUUGCAGCGGGAGUGCAGGGAGCUGCAGGCCAGGCUCACGCUGGUUGGCAAGGAGGGCCCCCAGUGGCUCCACGUGCGGGACUUCGACCGGCUGCUACGCGAGUCCCAGCGGGAGGUGCUGCGGCUGCAGAGGCAGAUCGCCCUGCGCAACCAGCAGGAGCCGCCCCCGCCGCCCCCGCCGCCCCGGCCCCCGGGACCCGCCGCCCCGGCCAGAGCAGGGGCGCCCGCCCCCGGGGCCCCGGGAGAGGCCACACCCCAGGAGGAUGUGGAAAACCCACCUGCUGGCCUAGGGGAGCCAGAGAAACAGCAGAGGGUGCAGCAGCUGGAGUCGGAGCUCAGCAAGAAGCGAAAGAAAUGCGAGAGCCUGGAACAGGAAGCCCGGAAAAAGCAGAGGCGAUGUGAGGAGCUGGAACUGCAGCUGAGAGAAGCCCAGAAUGAGAAUGCCCGCCUCGUGGAGGAGAACUCUCGGCUCAGUGGGAGGGCCACAGAAAAGCAGCAGGUGGAGUGGGAGAAUGCAGAGCUGAGGGGCCAGCUCCUGGGGGUGACACAGGAGAGGGACUCGGCCCUUCGCAAGAGCCAGGGCCUGCAGAGCAAGCUGGAGAGCCUGGAGCAGGUGCUGAAGCAUAUGCGGGAGGUGGCCCAGCGGAGGCAGCAGCUGGAGGUGGAGCAUGAGCAGGCUCGCCUCAGCCUGCAGGAGAAGCAGGAGGAGGUCCGGAGGCUGCAGCAGGCCCAAGCAGAAGCCAAGAGGGAACAUGAAGGGGCUGUGCAGCUGCUGGAGUCGACUCUGGAUUCCAUGCAGGUCCGGGUUCGAGAGCUGGAGGAACAAUGCCGCAGCCAAACAGAGCGCUUCAGCCUCCUGGCACAGGAGCUCCAGGCCUUCCGCCUGCACCCUGGCCCCUUGGAUCUACUCACCUCUGCUCUGGGCUACAGUACCCUUGGAGACCACCCCCCACCCCCCUGCUGCUGCUCCACUCCCCAGCCCUGCCGGGGGUCUGGCCCCAAAGAUCUUGACGUCCCUCUGGGCUCCCCAGGGCACUGCACUCCAAAGUCUUCUGAGCCUACCCACGCCACUGUUACUGGAGUCCCUCGAAGGACAGCCAAGAAAGCAGAGUCCCUCUCCAACUCCUCUCGCUCUGAAUCCAUCCACAACAGCCCCAAGUCAUGCCCCACGCCAGAGGUGGACACAGCCAGUGAGGUGGAGGAGCUGGAGGCGGACAGUGUCUCCCUGCUCCCAGCAGCACCAGAGGGCGCCCGGGGAGGAGCCAGGAUCCAGGUCUUCUUAGCGCGCUAUAGCUACAACCCGUUCGAGGGCCCCAAUGAGAAUCCAGAGGCAGAGCUUCCUCUUACUGCGGGCGAGUACAUCUACAUCUAUGGCAACAUGGAUGAGGAUGGGUUUUUUGAAGGGGAGCUGAUGGAUGGCCGAAGGGGCCUGGUCCCUUCCAAUUUUGUAGAGCGUGUGUCCGACGAUGACCUCCUUACCUCCCUCCCUCCGGAGCUGGCCGAUCUGUCCCACAGCUCGGGCCCUGAGCUCAGUCUCCUGAGCGGAGGUGGGGGUGGCAGCAGUAGCGGAGGCCAGAGCAGCGGGGGCCGCAGCCAGCCCAGACUUGAGGACGAGGCCGAGGGGGCCGAGCUCAGUCUGAGCCCCCAGCCUGAGGGCCUGGGCGGGCCCCCUGCCGUGCCUCACCCCCGUGGUCUGGUGGUCCUCAGGCAGCUGGCCCACAGUGUGGUCCUGGCCUGGGAGCCGCCUCCCGAGCGUGUGGAACUAUGUGGCUACCAUAUCUGCGUGAAUGGGGAGCUGCGUCAGGCCCUGGGGCCAGGGGUGCCCCCCAAGGCUGUGCUUGAGAACCUGGACCUGCGGGCUGGGCCCCUCCGUGUUUCUGUGCAGGCCCUGACCAGCCAGGGCAGCUCCGACCCUCUGCGCUGUUGCUUGGUGCUGGGUACCCGAGCCGGGGUGGUACCUAGCCAGCUGCGGGUCCAUCGACUGACGGCCACAUCUGCCGAGAUCACCUGGGUGCCCGGCAAUAGCAACUUGGCCCAUGCCGUCUACCUCAAUGGGGAAGAGUGCCCCCCUGCCCGCCCCAGCACCUACUGGACCACCUUCUGCCACCUGCGGCCUGGGACUCUCUAUCAGGCCCGAGUAGAGGCUCAGCUCCCACCUCGAGAGUCCUGGGAACCAGGCUGGGAGAGGCCGGAGCAGCGGGCUGCCACUCUGCAGUUCACCACACUUUCGGCAGGCCCGCCUGAUGCCCCCCUGGAUGUGCAGAUUGAGCCGGGACCCUCCCCUGGAAUCCUGAUCAUCAGCUGGCUACCAGUAACAAUCGACGCUGCUGGCACCUCCAACGGCGUCCGGGUCACAGGCUAUGCCAUCUAUGCUGAUGGGCAGAAGAUCAUGGAGGUGGCCUCGCCCACGGCAGGCAGCGUGCUGGUGGAGUUGUCCCAGCUACAGCAGCUGCAGGCGUGCAGCGAGGUGGCUGUGCGCACCAUGUCGCCCCAUGGCGAGUCAGCCGACUCCAUUCCGGCGCCUGUCCCCCCGGCCCUGGUGGCAGCCAGCCUGCCAGCCACCGUCCCCUGCCCCUCACCGCGACCAGGCUCCGAGGCCAGACCACCCCUCGCUCCAGCUUCCCCAGGGCCUGGAGACCUCACUUCUCCCCUCCGGCGCCCUGACCCCCGGGGAGCUCGAGAGCCCCUUGGGGGUCUGCCUCCUGGAGAGAUGUCGAGAGGAUCCCAUGAGGAACCCCUGGCACCUUGCUCUCAGAAGGAGGCUGGGGCAGCUAUGCUGGGUGCCUCAGAGGAUGGGAAGGCCAGCGAGCCAGCCAUGGGCGAGAGAGCUCCUGACCCUGCAGUUUCGCCCCUGGCCAAGGAGGAGACUCUCCCAGCACCCUCCUCUGCCCAGGGAGCGCUGGUCCAGCGGGUGCCCUGUGCUGAGGCCUGCCGUGGAGGAGACCCAGGGUCUGGGCUGAGGCCCAGGGCUGAGAGGGAGGACACAUCAGAACUUGGGGGCCGUCUGAUGAACUCCCUUGUGGACCAUGGCCGCAACUCUGAUCUCUCAGACAUUCAAGAAGAAGAGGAGGAGGAGGAGGAAGAGGAGCUGGGUUCCAGGACUUGUUCUUUCCAGAAGCAGGUUGUUGGCCACAGCACCAGGGAGAACGGGGCCAAGCCCCAGCCCGACCCCUUCUGUGAGACUGACAGUGACGAGGAGAUCUUGGAGCAGAUCCUGGAGCUGCCCCUCCAGCAGUUUUGCGGCAAGAAGCUUUUUAGCAUCCCCGAGGAGGAGGAAGAGGAGGACGAGGAAGACGAGGAGGAGGACGAGGAGGAUGAGGAGAGGCCAGGAGCAGGCUGUUCUUCCCAAGACCCUGGCCCACCUGCACCGGCAGUGCCAGGGCUUGGCUGUGACAGUGGUCAGCCUCGAGGACCUGGCCCGUGUCCCUUGUCUCCAGAGCCCUGCAGGGCUGGGGACCGCCUGGAGGAUGUGCCUGGACUUGCUGGUGGAGGUGGCCGGAGGAGAGGAAGUGGCUCCCCUGAGAAGCCCCCAAACCGCCGGCGGUCCCCAGACCCCCGUGAACACUGCAGCCGACUUCUCAGCAACGGCGGGCCCCAGGCCUCUGGACGACCGGGCCCCACACGGGAGAGGGGUAGCCCCCCCAUGGGCGAGGGGACCAAGGGCUUGCCAGAGGCUGGUGGGCGAGGGCGGCCGCCCCCUUCCCGGAAAUGCUCCCGUGGCCGGGCCCCAGAAUCUAACCUGGCCAGCUGCCUCUCCCCCAAGUGCUUGGAAAUCAGCAUCGAAUAUGAUUCUGAGGACGAGCCGGAGGCAGGCAGCGGGGGCAUCGGCAUCACCAGCUCCUGCUACCUCGGAGACGGGGAGGCCUGGGGCACAGCCCCCAUAGGGAGGUCCAGGGGGCCUCUGAAGGCUCAUUCAGGCCCCAACCCCUCUCCACGCCUUUCGGCCUGGGAGAAGGGGGAGCCAGAGCGGAGAGGCCGCAGUGCAACUGGUAGAGCCAAGGAGCCACCCUCGCGGGCAACAGAGACUGGGGAGCCCAGAGGGCAGGAUGGCUCUGGGCGGAGGGGCCCCCCGCGGAGAGGGGCCCAGGCCUCCAGGGCGAGCACCACUGACUUGGCCCCUCUGAGGAGCCCCCCAGAAGAAGCGCUGCUUUACCAGGACCUGCCUGUCAGGGUCUUUGUGGCUCUGUUCGACUAUGACCCUGUGUCAAUGUCACCCAACCCUGAUGCUGGGGAAGAGGAGCUCCCCUUCCGGGAGGGCCAGAUUCUAAAGGUGUUUGGGGACAAAGAUGCUGAUGGCUUCUACCGGGGUGAAGGUGAGGGCCGGAUGGGCUACAUCCCCUGCAACAUGGUGGUCGAGGUGGCUGUGGACAGCCCCAAGGAGAGACAGCAGCUGCUCCAGCGUGGUUAUCUGCCUCCAGAUGUUCUCAUUGAAGGCUCAGGGAAUGGUCCCUUUGUGUACUCUACAGCCCGCACAGCUGGGCCUCCCCCCAAGCCCCGCCGUUCCAAGAAAGCUGAGGUGGAAAGCCCUGCCCAGCCCUGUGCAGGCCACACCCAGCACACCUCCUCUGCCAGCCUGAAAUCUCCCCGUACCAUGGUGGCUGCAUUUGACUACAACCCCCGGGAGAGCUCCCCAAACAUGGACGUGGAGGCGGAGCUGCCCUUCCGGGCAGGGGACGUCAUUACUGUGUUCGGAGACAUGGACGAUGACGGUUUCUACUAUGGGGAGCUCAAAGGACGGAGGGGCCUGGUUCCAUCCAACUUCCUGGAGGGCCCUGGUCCUGAGGCAGGUGGCCGGGACAGGGAGCCCGGGACACCCCAGGCUGAGAGUCAGAGAACGAGGAGGAGACGAGUCCAGUGCUAGAUGGAGAUAGAUAUAUAUAGAGAGCAACGUGACUGGGCCAGCGUAACACAAGGGCCCCCGGUGCCCCAAGGUCGGCCCCGUGCCCCUGGCCUUGGCCGCUUCCCCGCGAUUCAACUGGGGGGGUCACAGGGCACGAGAGACAAGGUGUGGGGUCUCCUCUCCAAGGGAAAG